GUUGAAUAAAAGCUAUGGCUCGAACCUUGGGCAAUGAUCAGUUUUCUCUCCAAUGCAGACGAUCUCCUUGUCGUUCAAUCAAACCGUCGCCUCCGUCGUUGGUGCUGGUGUGGUGUGCCACCUGCUCUUUAACCGCCUGGAGCCGCGGCGUCUUGCAUCUUUCUUCACGCUAUUGAUAGUUCCCCCCGCCGCGCUUGUGUAUGCGCUCCAGGUGCCACGACAUGUGGGAGAAAGUGUUUUGGUCGCAGUCGCGGCGACAUACGGCGGCUACUACGCUUCGUUGCUCGCAUCGCUGCUGGUAUAUCGGCUCUCGCCCUUCCACCCACUGGCGGAGUAUCCCGGCCCGAUUAUGUGCAAGGUGUCCAAGAUAUGGUUGACGGCGGUGUCCAUGCGCGGCAAGCAGCACAUAUACUACACCGAGCUCCACCAGAAGUAUGGAGAUAUCGUCCGAGUCGGCCCGAACGAACUGUCCUUCCGACAAGUCGACGCGAUCCACCCUAUGAUGGGAACUCAAGAAGGCCUUCCCAAAGCCGAGUGGUGGGACGGACGGAUGCCUGAGGACCCCAAGUUCCGGCCGAUUUUGGGGUUGCGUGAUCCCGAGGAGCACGCUCGCCGCCGCCGGCCAUGGAAUCGGGCACUGAGCACAUCCAUGCUCAAAGAGUACGAGAGUCUAGUCGAAGGCCGCGUCUCCCAGAUCGUCGAUAUGGUUUCGGCCAAGAGGGGACAACCGGUCGAUCUGUCUAAAUGGUUUGGAUGGUUCACAUAUGAUGUCAUGAACGAUGUUAUGUUCAGCACCGGCGGGAACGCCCUGGCCACGGAGGACAAAGAUGAUAUGUUGGAGAUUAUAGCCCAAUCUCAACCGACUGCACUCUUCCUGGGCCAUCUACCAUGGGCGGCUGAGUUCUAUCGGUGGAUUCCUGGCGUCGGAGAACCUCUGCGGCGAUAUCGGAAAUAUGCUGCUCAUAGAGCGACCAGACGGAAACUGGAGGGGUCGAACCGAAAAGAUGUUUUCUAUCAUCUGAUCGACGAGGCAGGCCUGGAAACUAGUCCAGUGUCACUUGCCCAAGUCAUCGUCGACGGAUCACCCGCAAUUAUUGCUGGGGCGGAAACGACCUCGACCACGCUGUGCAACAUUUUCUGGCUGUUGCUUAAACACCCGCAAACUUUGGCCCGGCUGCGGGAGGAAGUCGACGACCCGCAGUGGAACAUCACGGAAACGGCCGUUCAAGCGCGCAUGCCAUACCUGAAUGCUGUGAUAAACGAGGCCCUCCGGCUCUUCCCAGCGGUCAUGAGCGGAAGCCAGCGUGCACCGCUGAUCGGCAGUGGCGGACAAGCGGUGGGAUCUCACUUCAUACCUGAAGGCACCAGCACCGUCGUGCACACCUACGCGCUCCAGCACGAUCCGAGGAACUUUUCGCCCUUCGCCGACGUGUUCAUCCCCGAGCGCUGGUUGUCGACCGAAGAUCAACUCAAGCUCGAGCCUACCCUGUUCGGCAACCACGAGGUGAUCCACAACACUGCGGCGUUUAUUCCGUUCUCCAUCGGGCCGGCGAACUGUGUCGGCCGGAACUUGGCGUACCAGGAAAUGAGGAUGCUGACUUGCGCUCUGGUCAGCAAGUUUGAUAUGGAAUUCGAGAAAGGAUUCGACUUGAGCACUUGGGAACGGGAUAUGAUGGAUUACUUCAUUGUUUGGCGGGGCCGGUUGCCUGUAGUCUUCACGUCGCGCUGAGAACUCAGGGUAUUCGAUGAACCCUCAGGGGACGCGUAAAUGAUAGUUCCGUUUUGUACAUGUACAGGUGUUGUAUUAGGAUGGAUGUGAACUUGGAACAAAUACAGGACAAUGGCCACCG